UUCUUGAAAUGGCCCAAUCCGCGCCUAAGCGUCUAUUUAAUCUCAAAUUCACACCAAAAUCGGUCAUACCAUCGUUUGCUUCUCGAUACCUUGCUCUUCGACAAAGUCCCAUCUACCCGAAGAUAAAGUUUCAGUGCGAUAACCGUGAUCCAAAUACGCUAUGGUGGAGAGUGAACUCUAUACAGAUACUUGGUGAAAAACGGGUAGUCAGGUCCCGGGUUACUCGAAAAGUGCGAGAUGCAUUUCUAUAUGAGUUGAAAGCCCGGGGAUUUGAUGCUAAGGGCAGAAGGUUGGAGACGAAUAUAGCUUCGACUGAUGGGAUUCGCGGUAAUAUGAGAGGGACUGUCACUAUUACGAUUUUGCCCAGUUCACUCCAGGGGGGCUUUCCGGCAUUCCGGAAAGAGAUGAAGUCUAAGGUGGAUGAAUUGGUCUGGCAGCAACGAAAUCAGCAGUCGAUAAACGCUGGAAAGCCGAAAGUUGCAAAGCCCAGAGAGGCCCAGAAAUCAACACAGACGCACAGGGGAACCCCACGGCCGAGCACAAGACCUCGAAAAAAAGGCUAGGAGAGUGCCAAAGUCCAAGUUACUGAUCAUAGUUAUACUCCGUAUGAUACCCGUGUACAAUUAGUUAUUUGCAGGAAGAAGCUUGCUUGUAUAAAGUCCCUGAGCACGCCACAGGAGGAAGAAAAAUCGACGCUUGUAGAUUUCCUGGAACAGCAUUUGUAGAGCCGCCCGACUGAAAUAAAUUCUCCGUAUGUAAUGGAGCAAUGA